CUUUCCGUAGAAUCUGCUGUGGCUGGUGGCGGAUGAUAAGAAGAUGUGUUUUGGUAGUUUUCGUUCUCUUUGCCGCUCGGAGAGCUGCAAAAAGAAAAAGGGUGGAAAGUCGAAGCACUCGCUCAGGACUCUGUCUUCACAGUUUUCAAAACAACCUUCUCCCGUGAGCUAUGCGGCUUUUCUUUAGAAAGAUAGUUAGUCUCACGCAGAGACGACCUCAACAGGUCGCGCUUUUGAAGUAAGAGCCCUUUUUCAGCUGCUGCAAACCCGUACUACGACUUGCUUACCAGCGCUGAAAGAUUUCGCCCUGGUUGUACUUCGCCGCAUCAACGAACUUGCGUCCACGCAAGAGAAGUUAGAUUUCAUUUUCCCAGAUCGCCACCAUACUAGAACAUCAAAAAAAUCAGAAUGCCGCCGGAGUCCUCGCCAGCCUGGAGCCUGCGGCCGUCGUCGCUGUUCCCGGCUGCGUGUGUCAACAUUUCAACCAUUUUCCGGGCUGUUUUGAGCAAAAUCCCGUUUCUGAAAAGCAAGAGCACGGAUAACAACACUGCUACUGGUAGUACUUCUCGGAACAUCAAUCCGACCCCGGAAUUCGCCCCGGUGCAGAUCAUCCCCGCGGCCGUACUGACGGAGAAUGUGAUGCCGUUCCUCUCCGCAGCGGACCUCGGGCGGCUAGAGUGCGUUUGCCGGUACUUCCGGCUGAUCGGCGAAGUCGUGGCCCAGCGGCAGGUCCGCCGACGCCUGCGGGUCCGGGAAAAGAGUGACAACCUCUUCUACAUAAACUUCAGCUCCACGUCGUUUGCCUACGAGGACGGCAACAUAGACGUUCCGACAAGCACCAGCAGCCAAGUAGACGGUGUGCGACUAAUCGAAGAUGAAGAAGAAAAUCGUAUCAGCAGUGCGAACGGAGGUUAUGAUCAUGCUGAAGAUCAACAUCUUCGAGAUGAAGAGAGCGCAACAUCAAUUUCCGCCGCGCCACGCCGAAGUGCGGAAAAAAAACCGGAAAGAACCCCGUUUGACCUCGUUCCGUAUGAAAAGUCCGCGGGGGAAUCAUGGAAGCAGGUGCUGCACCUGUGGGAGGCUGGGUUUUUCACGCCCGGUCCGCUGCAGCAGUUCGAUUGGCGGAGUCUUAUGCGGUUUCCGACGUCCUGGAAGCUGGCGUACUUCGAGCGCUACGACCACAUUACCCUGGACGAGGAUUUGGAUAAUUUGAUUCCGGAGAACGCCAAGUACGUGCUGGCGGGCGCCUGGCAGGACGUUGCAGUAGGAGAAGACAGUCCGGCGCGCCGCGGAGACGCUACUGGAAGUAACGAGGACGAGGACGGAUCUGCGUUGGUGAAAAGAAUCCGGGACUGGUAUAAGGGGGAAGGCGAAAGGAUAUCAAAUCCAGGUGCGGGGGCGUCUUCCUCCGCGGGACUACUUCUGGAUCGAAAUGACGAGGCUGGAGCGGACCCGGACGUCGAAGGCGCCGAAUUAGUUUCACCGGAAAGUCGUACUGCUUCGCAACAAGCAGAAGGCACAACGCCCCAAGUAGAGCGGGAGUCCGUGACAGCCCGCAGAACGCGGGUGCAGAACGAGGACGCGGGCGAGGGCAACGACUUGGCGGCCGGCUUUCUCGCGCGGGCGCCGCCGCGGUUUCGCGCAGCCCUGCGGGCGCUUUUUCGCGAGGCGGAAAAUAACGCAGAGGGUGAGGAAGAGGACGAAGGAGCGGCCGGGGUGUUUGCGGGUUUGCGGGGCGUGGCGCUCGACGCUGGCGGAGAGAGUGACGACGGGGAGGGGGAUUUUGAAGCUGUGCCUGAACGAGCGCGCGAGGAAGAGGACCCAGCUGGGCCAGCUGCGCCGGAAGUGGGGAUGGCGGAAGUUGAUGUGGUGGUAGAGGAGCCCUCAGCGUCAGCCGCGCCCGCGCAGGAAGAAAGAAGAAUGCUUGUCGGUGUGCCUGGUAUUAACGAAGAUACGGCACCAUCCGCACCUGUGGAUCCGGGGACUGCUUCUGGAAAUCCUGCGGAAAGAGUUGAGCUGCUUGAACAGCAAGCACGAGAAAAAUCGCCACCGGCGGCGCAAGAAGAUGUUGCUGGUCCACUACCUGAAAUAAACGUGUCUCGUGCUAGCACCUUGUCCAAAGACAGCGAUGGUCGUGCUGUUUCGCGAGAAAAAGAAAAUCCGAAAUCCGAAGCAGAACACGACCUUUCCGACCUUGAGGAGCCCCUCGAUUUGGGUCCGCCACCGAUUUUGUAUGCCGAAUACGAAAAUCCCGACUGCCAGACGGGCGUGGUGCAGCGCCUCGCGCGUUUUUUCACGUUCAGUUCUCAAACUAGAACAAACGAACCCGACGCAAACGCGGAGAAUAGACCAAUGUUCCCCUUUUCACGACGACCAGCAGCACCUGGACCCUCGGCUUCUACCACCUCUUCCCCUUCAACUCUCGCUCUCGCCGCCUGGGCCCCGGCGGAAAUCGCACUCCGCGUGACGGUCGAGCGGGACGAUUUCUUCGGUGGCGCCGUUGACGCCAGCGACAACGCGUGGCCGGCGGUCCCCGCGCCCGCGCUGCAAGCGCAUCGCCGACAGCUGGCGGGACAGCCACCUUUUCGACGACGCGCGGAAGGGGUAGAUGCAGCAGGAGAAGAUAUUAACCGGACCACUUCGUCGAGCUCGAGAACCUCCCAUCGAGACCACGCGCCGAAGCUGCCGCAAACGACCUACUGGUAUCGGUGGCGGGAGCGGUCUUUCGGGUUCGCUGGUUCGCCGAACCUUUUUCUCCGCUUUGCGGACAGUGCCAUCGCCUUUUUCGGCGAGGAAACGGACUCCGAGCGCCGUCUGAGCUGGAAUCUGGACCGCGCCGAGUCCACGGGCGGCUGGCGCGCGGGCGCGGAAACGGAGCUGGGAGGCAAUCCGCGGAACUGGUACAAAGUGCUGCUGUACCGGGACUAGCGGUACUGCUCGAAUGUACCGCUCGAAUGUAGCGCAGGUUGAUCAUGUGCUGGGCGAGUGGUAGUGCGAAUGACGGGAGUACUUGUGUCCCGCUGCAGUUUUUAUUCCUGUAUCGGACACGUGUGAGACAGAAAACUGUACGAUGAAAGUCGAAAUUGAAAUAUCAAAAAGAAAAAUUGAAGUUGCAGAG